AUGAACAUCCCAACAUUAACCGAUGAAGACAUGCAAGAUCCAGCAAAGGUAAAACAAUACCUGGCUGAUGCUGAAGCUCUACAAGUUCAGUCCUCUUCUCGCUGCAAAUUACUCGAGGAAAAUCUAAAUCUCCUCCGCCAAGAAAUGGAAUUCAUCAGAGACGCUAAACGCAAGCUGGAAGAGGAACAAAGUCUCUCCACCUCAGCCAACAAACAAAUCAUGAAGCGAAAAAUCAAAUUGCCUGCAUUUCGCCCCGAAAUGCCAGACCUAUGGUUUAUUCAAAUCGAAGCCAUUUUUGCAGAUUACGGCAUAAACGCUGAGAUUGAUAAAUAUCGUACCGUUAUCAGUCAAAGCGAAGGAUCAUGGCUGGUCGAAAUAAACGAUUUAAUCCGAGCUGGACCUAGUGUAAACAUUCCUUACACCACUCUGAAGAAAGAGAUAAUCAACCGUUUCUCACUAAGUGAAAAUUCACGCCUCAAGAAACUACUCGAAGAGGAGGAAAUCGGCGAUUUGAAACCAUCUCAAUUCUUACGCAGACUCAAAACUGUUGCAGGCAGCACACCAAUUGCUGACAACAUCAUGAAACCACUAUGGCUAAGUAGGCUACCCGCCUACGUGCAAGGCAUUUUGCAAGCCCAACCCAGCAACAACACGCUGACUGAGAUAGCCGAUGUGGCAGACCGAAUUGCGGAAACCAUCCCUCAUUCCGUUCAUUCCACUUCCGCCACAAAUCAAACCAAUCCUUCUCCUUCAGUUCACCAAAUUUCCAAACCUGCUGACCCUUUAAGCGACAUCAAAGAAAUGCUAACAGCUCUCAGUCACAAAUUUGACCUCUUAGAUGUUAAAGUCAAGAACCUGGAAAGAAAUAUCGAUAGAAGCAGAAGCCGUUCCCGCUCCAAAUCUCGCUCACGCUAUAGUUCACCCAAGCCGUUCAAGUCCGAAAAAGGAUAUUGUUUCUAUCAUGAGAAUUUCGGAAAAGAGGCCCGCAAGUGCCAUCAACCAUGCAAAUACCUUAGCUCAACAAACGACAACGGCAGCCAAUAG